UGGCUCUCUGACCGCACGCAGAGGGUUUAUGAAAUCCUGGAUUAGAAAAAGACCUUUCUACACGUUAAGUGAACAGUUAAAGAACUCUUUAAAGACUUCAGUUUGCGUACAUCCAGCCAGUAAUAUAUGAUCUGAACGACUACUGAUCAUAGACAAAAAUGUUUUCAUACAACGGCAGUGAUGAUUGUUUAUUUUGAAUGUGAUUGACUAUAUUUUAUAUGCUCUAUGGUUUAUAAGGAAAUAAGACAUGGUACUCUUUACAAAUGUUUAACGGAAACAUAAGAGACGGGACGUCAAAAAUGUCCUCCGACUACUAUAUAAAUAAUUUAAGAGAAAUAAAUAUAAUUUUGGGGAACUCGACAGUAUCGUGACAGUAAUAGAAAUAACAAUAAAUAUGAGUACAGAAACGUCCAUCGAGAUGCAAGUGAGGAAAGAUGAAGGCCAGAAGGAAAUUAAAACGAAGCCGACUCUUUCUUCUGGAAAGAUUUUUUAUAAGCCUGGCCUCAUCGAAGAAGAAACGGAUGAUACAAGUAUCUUAGAUAGUUCAGUGGUCGAGUCUCCGAUGCUUGGUGUUGGAUAUGGAGACAGUGGAUUUUUGAGGCCGACGCUACAUCAAUCGAGUAGUCUACAUAGGGUUCCGACUUACAGUAGUUCUAUUGGCCAUAGCACUAUUUAUCGCCACGACACGUGUAGAAGCCGAUCACAUAGGCACGGUGCUUCUAGAAGAACAAGAAGACGGGCCAUUCUCAAAAAUGGCGAAUGUAAUAUUCUCAAGUCACGGAUCUCACAACGGCGCUUACGGUUCCUUCAGGAUAUGUUCACAACACUUGUGGACGCCCAGUGGCGAUGGACUCUACUUGUGUUUACACUUUCCUUCAUUUUAUCCUGGUUAGGAUUUGCCCUUAUCUGGUGGUUGAUUGCAUUCACACAUGGUGAUCUUGAGCCAGACCACUUACCGCCGAUGCAAGAAAGCACAAAUUGGAAGCCGUGUGUGUUUAACAUUUUUGACUUUACCUCAUGUUUCUUAUUUAGUAUUGAAACUCAACAUACUAUUGGGUACGGUGCGCGUACAACAACAGAAGAAUGCCCAGAAGCAAUAUUUAUUAUGUGCUUACAGAGUAUAGUGGGUGUAAUGAUUCAGGCUUUCAUGGUGGGUAUUGUGUUCGCUAAGAUGACGAGACCGAAGCAUAGAACUCAGACACUGCUGUUCUCAAAAUACGCAGUGAUCUGUCAGAGAGACGGAGAACUGUGCCUAAUGUUUAGAGUCGGUGACUUGAGGAAAUCUCAUAUUAUAGGAGCCAGCGUUAGAGCUCAAUUAAUUCGAUCCAGAACAACUAAGGAAGGAGAGCUUUUAUCGCAUUACCAAACUGAAUUAGAGUUACAUGCGGAUGGAUGUGAUAGUAAUCUUUUCUUUAUCUGGCCUAUUACAAUGGUCCAUCGAAUAAAUGCUGAUAGUCCAUUCUAUGGUGUCUCAGCAGCAGACAUUCUCCAAGAGAAGUUCGAAAUAGUAGUUAUUUUGGAAGGAACAAUAGAGUCGACUGGACAAACGACUCAAGCACGCUCCAGUUAUACAACAAGUGAAUUAAUGUGGGGACACAGAUUUGUACCAUUAGUGACAUACAACCGCGAGCGCCAGGGAUACGAGGUAGACUAUUCCAAAUUCGAAGAAACGACGCAAGUCGACACUCCUCUUUGUUCUGCUAAAGAGCUGGAUGAGUUUUAUGGGAACCAAGCUGACCGUAGAUCUAUUGAGAGUACGGAACAAGUGGUUCUGAAGUUACCGGAACGCCCUCAACGCACCACUACACCCGCCGCUGAGAAUCCAACACCGAAAGCCGAACAGAAAAAUGGAGAUUACACCGUUACGCUUUAAAUAUAUAAACAAAUAAUAUAAAUAAUAUUGAUAUCAUAAUAUAUACAUAGAACAUGUUUUUUGAAUCUCUAGCCAUAUGCUUUAAUUUUUUUUAAAGUAUACGACUAAAGUGACAUUUAUUUGCAUACAUUUAAACUAGUCUUAAAGAAUAAUGGCUAAUAUAUAUUUAUUAUUUCACUAGUCACUUUCAAUUGUACACUAUAUCUCAUAAUGAAUUUCGUACAAAGAAAUGAAAUUAUCAUUUAAGUAAUGCUUUUGUCUUCCUAUGAGGUUGUGCGAACGUACUGUUCGUUUUUAUUCAUAUACAUUCCAUUAUAUUUUUAUAAAUAAAUUUAUUUUUAUUUUAUAAGAAGUUUAAAAUUUAUUAAAUAAAGAAUAUUUAGCAGUAAGUUCUAUUUAAAUAUUAUAGAUAUACAACUUGUAAUUUAUAUAUUUUACAAAUAAAUUAAUACGAAAGAUAUCCCAGUAUUGAAAUAUAUUUGAUUUGAUGAUUGUUUGAUAUUUAUUAAAAAAUAAGAGACAGCAAUGUAUUUUGUGUCAACAAUUCAAUCGAGUCGUGAAAUUGAAAUGACAACUUUAUUCGUCUUAUAUAACAGUUUACCAGUGCAAUAAUAGAACUUUUUUCAAAUAAAUAAAGCUUGCGCUACAUACACGAAGAAGGGAUACAUUUUCUCGUAGUCGUUUUUAUAAAUAAUAAUUAAAGUAACUUCCUGAAAAAAUUAAAAUUAGUAAUAGUCAACUUCUUCAUAACUCUAUGGUAAUAUGUCCUGGUUGCAUGAGUUUGUCAGAUUCGUUGUUUAGUUUAACAUAUAAAGUUAUUUAUUAAUACUUAUAUUAAAAAUGACACAAAAUACGUUACUAACUUUUCUUCUUUUAUCUUUUGUUGUUACGAUAUGUGUCAUAUACAUAAGAUAGCAUCGCAAUUGUGUGAUCAUGUUCGAUGUAAAUAUUUAAUGAAUAAUUUAUAUUGUGACGUUGA